UGCGCCGGACGCGGCCAUGAUAUGCAGUUGCCAGCACCCCUGCGCGCCUCAACCGUUAAAACGCUUCUGCUCGCGUCACACGAUAUGGCCAUACAACGGCGUGCUAGAUGACCUGGUGAAGUGCCCCUAUAACCCUUCCCACAAAGUGAAAAGAGGAAGGCUCAACAUACACAUCAUGAAGUGCCGCAGAGAACACACCCGGUGCCGACUUAAGCCUUGCCCUUUCACCACUGAUCACAUGGCGCCCGCGAACGCCGAGGACUACCAGAGGCACCUCGCCAACUGCCCAGACCGGUCAUCGACCUUCUGCACAGCGACAAGGGACGAGCCGGACCCACCCUUUGACAUACCAGUACCCGGAGGGGCAAAACCGUUUGUUCCGGAGCCCGAGGAACAAUGGGACGUGGGCCCGUGUGGAGGCAACAGCAGUCGAGAUAUCAACCCUUUCCAGCCGGCUGUGCCGCCCAUUUUCCGCACGGUCCAGGGGCUGAAGCCAGCAGAGCAUAAACGUUACUACCAGUCGCUGAGAACGAGCAGCCCCCCGGUUGUAUACGUGCCUGGGCAGUACCCAGAAAUGGAAAUGCCCCCCAUGCCGAAAACAAGGCCUAAGUGCCCCAUUCCGGGAUUCGAAAAGUGGGGCCAAGAUAAUGAGAGUGAACGGGACCUGGCACCCCAACUGGGCGAGACCAGGGCCGUUGAGCCCCGGGCCGCCCCAACCCAGCCUCCCCAGGCCAGCCAGUUCUGGGCCGCCCAGGAUCAGCAUACCCCGCCUGCGCUGGGGUCCACCGUCGACGUGGACGCGCUUGUCAGGAGGCUGAUGGGGCUUGGCCAUGCCCGACCUCAGCCAAACUGAGCCCUGUAAAGGCGGUCUUUCAAAUGUCACUCGUCUUUAAAUUUCCUUUCUUGUUUAUUUUUUGACAUUUAACUAGUCACUCUUGCCUUUAUUUUCUUGUCACCGGUUUGUUCAGGCAGACUGGUAAAGAGUGUGUGAUAACAUAAAAGCUUCAAUAAAGUGUUUCUAACCAGAAAUUGUACUAAUUGUUUGUUUUGUUUGACUGUAGGAACCAUAGAGUUAAUUUAACCAACUCUAGAGGAACACCUGGCCCGAAAAAGUGGGAACCGCUAGCCAUAGAGUUUUAUACAAUAACUCUAUGCCGCUAGCAUACCGCUAGUACAGCUAGAGCGCCCCCGCUUUGGGCGUGCGGGCGUGCGUUACUGGUCAAUGUGGCCAGCGCAGUUACUAUUGAAAGAGCUGAAAACAAGUCACCUUAUGCUUUGUCAUUUAAAAACG